UGUCUAAAAACACAAACACCCAGUCUCACCCGUUUCGUUUUACUUGUAUAAAAUUAAUAUAUCUUCGUAUCAUAAAAGUUUUUAUGUGUGAAGUUUCUGAAUUAUUUGCUUAAAAUGUAAUACUAAAAGCCAACUGCGCAUUAAAGGCCUGGAAAAGAUUUUGUUGUGCCUGUUAAGCAAAAGACUGAUCUAUACACCUCGUCACCAACUUCCGCAAAGUCUGCUGCACGUCACGCAUGCGCAUGUACAAUGCCUGCUGCAAACUCGCCAGGAUUGUCGAAACAUCGUCUCCGAAGCCUAGUGAGAUAUAUACGUAGAAUUCACUGUUCCGUGAGAGCGAUGUGAGUUGCAAACCGUGAGGCGUGGUUUCACUUUUUUAGCUGUUAUUUAAAAAAAAAGAAAAAAUUGAGGUAAAUAUUAGACCUAUGCAACAUUUGUUAACGUAAUCGGGUAAGAUAGUUAGUGUCUUAACGGCCUUUUGAAAAUAGAGUUUAAAGAAAUGUUUACAAUUUGUGAUUUUUUCAACAGAAAGAGAACAAUUCCAUUGACUCGUGCUGUUAGUGUUAUAUUUUCUCAGUUGUGACAAACGGGUGCGUGUUUGUUAAGCCUAAUACAAGAGAACGGUAGUAACUACGUUGUAAAUAAUUGUUGAACGUUUUACAAAUAGUUAACGAGCACUAGUGCUGUAACGUGAUUAGCAGUAAGGAAAUAUUUAAUAUGGCAGCUACAAUGGGAUUUCCACCGGUGACUUAUAGCUCAAUCUUCGUGUCGUGUUUGUUGCAGGCUGCGGCUAAUGGGGAUGCUAAAGCAGUAGAACUUACCAAAAUCCUUCAGCACAAGCAAGAAAACUUGAAUAAAAACAAAAAAGACUUGAAGAGAAGAUGGAAAGAAAUUACUCGCAGUGCUUUAUGUGGAAGCGAGCAGAAAGAGUUGACAGAAGCUACUACUUCAAUAGACUUUAGUCCUAACAGAUCUAAUGGUGAUAGAAGUGUUGACAUGCAACAGCUAACUUUGCUUCAGCUCCUAGCUCUGCUGCAACAAGGCUUUUUGACAAGCACCAGGGUUCAUCAAGACAGCUGAAAUAGGACAGAU